AUGGCUUUCAACCUUGGGGCGUCUAACGCCGCCGGCGGAGGACCUAGCGCAGAGUUGGGACCUGAGCUACCAGAUGUCAUUGCAGAUGAGGUGGGAUUCAAAGGUGUCUCUGGCGAUAGCAACGUUCGAUUACUCUCUACCCCUUGGCCUGAAGAUGCUCUUCCAACACCCACAUGCUCCCUCCUCGCUGUCGCGCCAACACAAGGUAUUCUUGUCGGUGCUGGGCCCAAUUCCCUCGCUGUAGCAUCUUCUGAAGCAGUGAGGAAUGCCAUCUCCGCAUCUGCCGGAGAGGGCAAGGUCAAGACCAAACCGUUCCAACCACAAGCGACCAUACCCCUUCCUGCGCGACCUACACAUGUGGCCUUCGCUUCGGGUGACAGUGCCUUGGUACUGGCGACUGAGGAUGGCGCGGGGCUUGCGGUCUAUCAGACAACUACUUUGCUGUCAGGAGUCACGCAACCCGCCUUAUCCAUCCCCACGAACAAUACGACUCUACGGGUUGUGGCGCCCAACCCUACACCAUCAGAAGAUAUACUCUCGUCACUUGUCGCACUUGUUACAUCAGGUGGAGAACUUCUGAUGGCCGAUCUGAAAGGAGCGAACCUGAUACCUGGAGCUAAUGGCCAGGUUCUAAGGGCCGGAGUAAGCUCAAUUUGUUGGAGCAACAAAGGAAAGCAGCUGGUAGCCGGUCUUGCGGACGGAACGGCUGUGCAAUUGACCCCAGACGGUACUCAAAAAGACACGAUACCGCGGCCAUCUGAUCUUGAAGGGGAUUGUCAUGUUUCGUCCAUCGCAUGGUUGGAGAAUGAUAUCUUCUUGAUGGUUUACACAUCAAAUGCGACUGAAGAUGAUAUGGGUCAAACCCCUUCAUCCUCAUAUUAUCUCAUCACCAGACGAAAGGGUGCACCUUUUCUGGUUCAAAGAUUGCCAGAAUUGUGCAUGCCGUUUGGUGUCAACCGUGCUCCAGCCUAUCAGUUUAUUGCACGCCUACGCGACUACAAACCACAUCUGAAAGACGUGUUGAUUGUCUCGUCUACAGCGUCCACUGAUAUAGGGCUUAUAACCCGAUCUGAUCAGCCAUUGGCAAGCGAUGAAGCCGCCAAAGGUACUGUUGGUUUAUUUACGACAACAGAAGUCAAUGAUGACACAAAGAGAGCCGCUUUGCCUCUAGAUGAUUCCUCCAAUGAUACUUCAGUGAUUGGGUUGGGGAUUGAUUUGUCUAGCACCAGCCCUGUGGCAUCUCCUAUCCAAGGGGAAGAUAUUGCGGAGAGUUCCACGCCCCUUCCAAAUCUCUUUUGCUUGAACAAUGAUGGUAUCCUGUCGUCUUGGUGGCUCAUAUAUUCCGAGUCGAUUCGGCAGAAAUUGCCAUACCAUGGCCUUGUUUCUGUUAACCCACAGCAGCCACAACCCCCAGCUCAGACGCCAGUCCCGGCUCCAACCCAACCACAAGCCCAAACAAAACCUCAGAGUCAACCUGCUUUUGGGCAGUCUGCUUUUGGAAAAUCGGCCUUCGGCAGUCCGUCACCUCUGGGCGCUUCGCCAUUCGGUAAGCCUUCUGCUGCCCCAGCAUUCGGCGGCCCCUCAACCUUGGGUAGUCGACAACCUACCUUUGGUACACCUUCCACACCAGCUGCUCCUUCGUUCGGGUCGCCAUCUCAAAUGGGACACUCAUUCGGUGCACCUAGCACGUUGGGGCAGGCGGGGCCUCAGUUCGGAAAAUCGGGUUUCGGUGCCCCAUCUACGCCAGGUUUCGGACAACCAUCCCCUGCAGGUAAACCUCUUGCCUUUGGAGCACCCAGCGCUGGCUCUGGCGGGGGAUUUGGCUCGUUUGCCGGUGGAGGUGGAUUCUCGAGCUUUGCGGCUGCUAAACCAGCAGCGCAAUCUCCAUUUGGGAAACCUGCAGGAGAGUCACCGUUCGGCAAACCGUCGACCGCGAGCCCAUUCGGAAAACCUUCAGGGCCAUCACCCUUCGGUGCUAAGGCUGAGGCCGACACGGCUUUCAAACCACAGACCGCAGACCAGCCUAAAAGUGCCUUUGGUGCCCCUUCGAGUGGGUUCGUAUUGGGUUCCACUUUUAAGGGUGACGGGACUGCUGUUAACGAUGGCCCAAGGCCUGAAAAGUCUUCUGGGCUGUUCUCGUUUGCUACUUCGCUGGAUGAUAUGGUAUCUUCGCCGAACAAGACUAGCCCGCCAACUGAAUCCAUGGAUGAUACCGAAGAUCAGCCUGCACAAACCGAACCCGAGAAGCCAGCAACGAAAGAGCAUGUACCAUCGUUGUUUGGCGCUCCGUCUAAAGUCGAGUCUGCUAAACCAAUAUCAUUGUUCGGUGCUCCGUCUAAGGUAGACACGUCUAAGCCGGCAUCGGUGUUUGGUGCUCAGACACAACCUCAGCUUUCUACCCAGGCCACAAAAUCUUUCUCUUUGUUUGGAAAUGCUGCCGCAGAGAAGCAGAUCACUAGCCCCCUAUCGCCACCGUCCGAGAAAACUCUUGUCCCUAGCUCAACUCCCACAGCGGGGAGCACCCCACUUGCUGAGCCACCACUUCCGCCUGAUCCGACAAGUAGGGCUGCCUAUGGCCCUGGUGACACAUCUGCUUCUUCCAAUGUCUCCAAGAUCUCGGUCGAAGAUUCGCCCCUUCCCCCGGCCCCGACGGCCAAAACAAACCCGACGUUAGAAGACGUUGCCGCGGAUGCCCCGCUUCCCCCUGAUUUCACGCGCCUGGCUCAAAGUACUAAACCCGAGAAGCCUACAGCCGAAGAGGCUCCAUUGCCCUCAGAAUCCCCUGCUCCAGAGUCACCAGUUACAUCGGACAGAGAAGCUAGUCUCCUUCCCGAAGAAUCGGAUGUUGAUGAAUCGGAGAGGGAGUUGAGCGACGAGGGCGAAGAAUCUGAUUUUGCUGAUAGUGGGGAGGAUAUCACGCAUGAAAUUGAUGAAGAGGAGGAGUCCGAUGCUACAGGGCAGACCCCAAAAAUCUCUCCGGAGAGUUCGUUUGGAGCUGGUGUGUCCGACCAAAGCCCCGCCGAAGGGUUGUUUUCUCGCAUCUCUAAGCCAGGUCAAGCGCCGCCGCGGCAGUUAUUUGGGGAAAUUAACAAACCAGUUUUUCCACCCAAGCCUCAUGCAAGCCGCGAGCCACCGAGGUCGCCUAGCCCAGUGCGAGGAGGUGCCUUGAAGAGUUUACUGAAGCCGCAAAUUCAAAAAUCGGCCAGUGCUCCUCAAGUUCCUGGUAGCACUCUUGCUGCACGCAAGGCUGUGCUCAUGGAAGCUGCCCAGCGCGAUUCCCGUCUGCGGCAGAAGUCUGAUCGUACUGCUCGUGAAGAGCAGACUCGGCUGCAGCUUCAAGCACAAAGACAAGAAGAAGAAUCAAUGUCACUUUCCGACGACGACGAGGAUGAGAAGCUUCGGGCCGACCUUGCCCAACCGCUGAAGUCUGUCCCCACACUCGAUCCCUUCCUGCCACACCAGGACUACAUGGGUGAGACCAACAAGCCAGGCAUUCCUGGCCAGAUUGAAAGGUUGUAUCGUGACAUCAACUCCAUGAUUGAUACUCUAGGGAUCAAUUCCCGUGCUCUAUCUUCCUUCCUGCUUUAUCAAAAACAGUCAUCGAAAGAUAGCGAAAACUGGAUACAAAUCUUGAAGAGUGAUCAUCCAGCUGAUAUUCUGGACGAGAAAGUGCUUCUAUGUGAGGUCGAGAAACUCGACGACGCAGUGCAUAUGCUGGCUAAGUCUCUCGAGGAACAACGGGUGCAAGGCGUGGAAGAUAAACUGGACGCAUGCCGGGAACUACUGAGUAAAGAUAUCCUCACGCUAAGAGGCCAGUGUGCAAGCAUCCGAAAGACUCUUGACGCUCAUACCGACACCGCUGCGAUCCUGUCUGCGCCCCUCUCUGCCGAACAAGCAAAUCUUCAACAAGAUCUCCGGUCUGCUUUCACGGACAUUCAAGCCAAGUUAGCAGACUUGGAAUCAGCGGUCUCAUUAUUACGGGCUAAGAUUGCAGAAGCCCCUCGCACAGACGGUGGUCGUCAGCCCACGAAGCGCCCAACUGUGGAGGCAGUGACUUCUACGAUUGCAACCAUGAUGAAUAUGGCCGAAAGCAAGAGCAGCGAUAUCGAUGUUCUUGAAGUUCAGCUAAAGAAGCUUGGUAUUGAUACAUCAGGUACUCCUGGUAGCCGAGAGGGAUCGCCAUUCACCACACCCAAAAAGGGCAUGGCAAGGUUGCCUACGACGCCCGGCUCGCGUGGCUCAAUUGAUAUGCCCGUUAGUGCAUAUCACACUCCAGAUUCUGCAUCCCGAUUCCGGUCCAGCAUCAACGGGUCAGCCAAAGCUAGCCGGCUUCGCAGUAUUGAGAACGUGGGCGAAUUGGCUACGAGAGAAGAAACGGCACAAUGGAAGAGCAGGAUGUCGCGUAGACAACAUAUUGUCAGUGACUUGAAGAGGGUUAUCGGAGAGAAGAAGUCGAAAGUCAGGGGUGUUGAUGAUUUGUAG